AUGGACAAUGACACUGUCAAAUACCUAAAGGAAAAGAUGAGGAUCGAAGAAGGAUCUGAAGUGAAACCACCGGAAAAGAUGGGAAGCUUAAUAGACAGGACAAAGAUGCAACGAGCAAGAUCCAAUGGAACAAGAUCCACGAAUUGGAAAGGGAGCAUCAGUUUCCUCAGCAGCGAAGGAGAGAAUAAAUCCCAGCAGAAUGCCACAAAAGAAAGAGGGAAGUCGAUUACCGGGAAACGCAGCGAAAUGAAGAAGCAAAGCAAGAAUUUCAAAAAUGGUGUAGAAGCAAACAUAUGCCCAAAAACAGUAGCGGCCACGGUAGCGGGUGAUAGCAUUCGGGAAACGUGCAUCAUGUGUAAAGAAGUAAGGCUAAUUAAUCCAGGUGAACCAAGAAAAACAGCAGAGCUCUUAGUUUUCUUUGAUACAGGAAGUGAUUGUAAUUAUGUUCUAGAACCAAUGGUAGCCAAAUUAAAUCUGAAACAAACAUCACCGAGUGUGAGAAUGUUAUUAACAGGAACGGUAGGCACAAAGAAAUAUGGAAGCCGAAAGAUGGCUUUCGGAGUUCAAACGCUGUCCGGAAAUGUGAAGAAUAUCCAGACGUACAUUGUUGAUUCAAUACUCGAACGCAUGCUUAUGUGA